AUGUUGGCACCGUUAACCACGCUACUGCUUUGCAUACUGCCGUUAGGCGCCUGCGGCCACGCCAAUUUGGACGGUAUUAACUUUGACGCGGUAUUAGCCCACACUUUGCGGUACCAUCACAUAGCGAAUGUGGCAAUAUUUAUUGGCGUCAAAGAUGAAAACCAUACCGCGCGCAACGCGAUAAUUGACAGCUUGGAUAGACAACUGCUGGCGCCGCGUUAUAUUUUCACUGCCACUGACGCGUCAAAGCCACCCGGCAAUACCUUACGUCAUCACAUAGCGAACGAUGCGCUCAGCGUUGUUUUAUGCGCAGCGUCCACAGACCGUAUUUGGCGCGUAGUCGAUCAGCGUUUGCGUAAGCUACGUCGCACAAAAGUUAUUGUAGUGGCGACGAAUACGGCAACUGAGCCAAAAGAAAUUUUCGCCAAACUCUGGCAAUUACAAUUUUUACAUGUCGUGCUGCUGUGCAACAAUACCGUUUACCGUUACACGCCAUUUCCACAUUUAAAUGUAUAUGAAGUGCAUAAUCGUAGCGCCGAUCUCUUUCCACCACCGCCGACCGAUCUGCAAGGCUACACGCUAUCCACGCCCGCCGAGAACGAUUUGCCGCGCAUAUUCUUUGUGCGCCAACAGCGUGACAAGGCAACCAAAAUACGUGGUUUUGCCUAUCAGAUAUUUGUGAAUUUCGUACGUCGUAUGAAUAUGACGCUGCGCAUCAGUAAUCCCAAUCAGGUGCAUGACAUUACGAGCAGCGUCAAUAUGAGUAUUAUAGUGGAAAAAAUCGCGAAACAACAAUUGGAGAUUUCCAUACAACCGUAUACGAGUAUUAGAGAGCAUCAAGGCAUUAUGAGUUAUCCGAUCUUCAAGUUGGAGUGCUGUCUCAUGGUGCCGGUACAGAAUGAGAUACCACGUUGUUUGUAUACUGUGCGUCCGCUCAAGUUAGGUAGUUGGCUGAUGAUAUUCGCCGCUAUAGUUUACAUCUCAGUGAUGUUGGCAUGGACAAGUCCAUGUGUGCCGCCGGAUGCGCCAUUUCUCACUAAGCUCUCGCGCACUUUCCUCGAGAGCAUAGCUCAAGUGGUUUUUUUGCCGUCCACCUAUCAGAGUCAUCAGCCAUCGAUGCGCUAUUUGUUGGUGUACUUACAGUUGGCGCUUUUCGGUUUUCUGCUCACCAGUUGGUACAAUAAUUUGCUUAGCAGCUUCUUUACUACCAUUCUUGUGGGCGAACAAUUGGAUACUUUCGAAUCGUUGAUCGAGGCUCAGCUACCCAUAUUGACUAAAUUUCAUGAGAUCGAUAUGGUUUUGGAGCAAGUGCCACCAGCGCUGGUAUCGAAAGUGAAGAAGUUAAUUGUCGGCGCGAAUUCGAGCGUGCAAAUGGCUCAUCUACUAAAUUUUAACAACUCAUAUGCUUAUCCGGUUACUGAGGAGCGUUGGUACUUUCUAUCAUUACAAGAACAAUAUGCAAAUAAGCCGAUUAAUCGGUUUUCGAAAAUCUGCUUGGGUAGUCCAUGCAUAAGUUAUCCGAUGCGUCUUGAUUCACAUCUGGAGGAACCUCUAACACGCUUUAUAUUGGACGUACAGAUGGCUGGCUUGGAUUUUUACUGGUUGACUUCGGACUUCAAAGAUGCUUUGCUAGCUGGAUACGUUAAGCUGGUGAAUAAUGUGUUCCCCUUCAAGGCUCUAGACUUGUAUACCCUCUACCCAGCUUGGGUUCUGUUGAUUGGUGGGCUGAUUAUAGCGUCUCUUGUGUUUCUAGUUGAGAUACGUGGCGUUUGCGCAAGAAAAGCUUUGACAAGGGAAUCAAGUUCGGAGAAGUGGUUUAGUGAAUUGCAUCGCGAAGACGAAGGAGCAAUAAAAGAAUCAUAAAUAUAAAGGAACCGUGUACUAAAAUAGAUCAAAAUGUGGAAAGCUAGCUAUCGGAAACCCAAAUCUGCUGCUGGGUUGAGCGAAAAUCGUUCGGACUUUACAAUUUAUUUUUUAUACAAUAUUUAUUAAAAAUAUAUA